AUGGCCGUGCCCCCAGCUCCCAAGCCCCCCAGCCUCCUAGGCUACCACCGCAUCCUCUCCCCCUUGGCCGGCGUCCGCGUCUCCCCGCUUUGCCUGGGCACCAUGAGCUUUGGCGAAGCGUGGAAAGGCCGUCUGGGCGAGUGCACCAAGGACACAGCCUUUGAGAUCCUCGAUUGCUUCUACAACGCCGGCGGCAACUUUAUCGACACGGCCAACUUUUACCAGGAUGAGGACAGCGAGAAGUGGCUCGGCGAGUGGAUCGAGGCUCGCCAGAACCGCGACGAGCUCGUCAUCGCCACAAAGUAUACCAUGCCCUACCGCCUUCGCGGCCAUGAGAAGAUCAAGUCCAACUUCCAGGGCAACCAGGUCAAGAGCAUGCGACUGUCUCUGGAGGCGAGCUUGAAGAAGCUCAAGACUGACUACGUCGACGUGCUGCUGGUGCAUAUAUGGGAUUACACCACCAGCGUCGAGGAGAUGAUGCAGGGGCUGCAUCACCUUGUUUCGAGCGGCAAGGUGUUUUAUCUCGGAAUCAGUGGCGCUCCAGCGUGGGUUGUGGUCAAGUGCAACGAAUAUGCCCGCCACCACGGCUUGACAAGGUUCAGUGUCUACCAAGGCCAUUGGUCCUGCAGCUUCCGCGAUAUGGAGCGCGAGAUCAUCCCCAUGUGCGAGUCCGAAGGUCUCGGCAUCAUGCCAUGGGGUGUUCUCGGUCGCGGGCAGUUCAGGUCAUCCGAGGACUACGCUCGCGAGGGCCGCAAGAUGGGCCCCCAGGACGAGACGCAUCGCCGCAUGACUGCGAAGCUGAGCGAGCUUGCUGAGAGAAAGAACACGGUUCCGACUAGCAUUGCCCUCGCUUACGUGAUGCACAAGGUGCCCUACGUUUUCCCCGUCCUUGGUGGUCGGAAGGUCGAGCAUCUCAAGAGCAACAUUGAGGCCCUCAGCAUCGAGCUGACCGCCGAGGAAAUCCAAGAGAUUGAUAACUCUGAGCCGUUUGAUCCUGGCUAUCCUCUGAACUUUUUGUUCGAGACCCCAGCGCAGAGAUACCGGUUGGAUAUGUCUGCGAGGCAUAUUUGGCAGUUGACAUGCAACACCAGGUUGGAGACAGUUCCAAAGCCAAGAGUGAGUUAUUCAUGCCGUUUCUCAACCGACUAA